AUCACAACUUCCGGUUACGUGUCAUCGUCCAUUUUUCUUGUCCACGGUGGAGCUUGCCACCCGGCAGAAAAGAAGAGAAACAGACGGAAAAGAUGUUAACGAAGUUUGAAACAAAAUCCGCAAGAGUCAAAGGACUCUCCUUUCACCCAAAGCGACCAUGGGUGUUGACCAGCCUGUUCAAUGGUGUUAUACAGCUGUGGGACUACCGGAUGUGUACGCUUAUAGACAAAUUUGAUGAACAUGAUGGUCCUGUAAGGGGUAUUUGCUUUCACACCCAGCAGCCACUGUUUGUAUCUGGUGGAGACGAUUACAAAAUCAAGGUCUGGAACUACAAACAGAGAAGAUGUUUGUUUACUUUGCUUGGCCAUCAGGACUACAUCAGAACCACUUACUUUCAUCACGAGUACCCCUGGAUUCUUAGUUCAUCAGAUGACCAGACAAUCCGGGUGUGGAACUGGCAAUCCAGGACUUGUGUAAAUGUGUUGGCGGGACACAGUCAUUUUGUGAUGUGCGCUCAGUUCCACCCCUCGGAGGAUCUUAUUGUGUCGGCAUCCUUAGACCAGACAGUCAGGGUGUGGGAUAUCUCAGGAUUGAGAAAGAAGAAUGUUUCUCCCGGCCCUGGGGGUAUCGAGGACCGCAUUAAGGGGUCCGGACAGACGGACCUGUUUGGGGUGUCUGACACAGUGGUGAAGCAUGUCCUGGAGGGACACGACAGAGGCGUCAACUGGGCCUCCUUUCACCCCACCCUUCCUCUGAUUGUGUCCGGUGCAGAUGACAGACAAGUCAAGCUCUGGAGAAUGAAUGACUCCAAGGCAUGGGAGGUGGACACAUGUCGCGGUCACUACAACAAUGUGUCGUGUUGUCUCUUCCACCCCCGGCAGGAACUCAUCCUCAGUAACUCUGAAGACAAGAGCAUCAGGGUUUGGGACAUGAGUAAAAGAACUGGUGUUCAGACAUUCAGAAGAGAACAUGACAGAUUCUGGAUCAUGGCUGCACAUCCGACAUUGAACAUGUUUGCUGCUGGACAUGACAGUGGUAUGAUCGUUUACAAGCUGGAACGUGAACGCCCCGCCUACGCGGUUCACAAUAACAUAUUAUACUACGUAAAGGACAGGUACCUGAGAAAGCUGGACUUCUCUACCUCAAAGGACAACCCCCUCAUUCAGCUCAGAGGAGGCAGUAGAAACCCUGUAUUCAGCAUGUCCUACAACCCGGCAGAAAACGCUGUCAUUCUCUGCACACGAGCUAGCAAUGCUGAGAACUCAACAUAUGAUUUAUAUGCCCUGCCCAAAUCAUCAGACUCGCAAAACCCAGAUGCUCCUGAGGGAAAGAGGUCAUCGGGUCUCUCAGCUGUGUGGGUGGCCAGGAACAGGUUUGCUGUUCUGGAUAGAACCCACAAUAUCGUGGUCAAAAAUCUGAAGAAUGAAAUCACAAAGAAGGUUCAAGCCCCCAAUUGUGAUGACAUUUUUUACGCUGGAACAGGUUGUCUGCUCCUGAGAGAUGCUGAUGGUGUGACAUUGUUUGAUGUACAGCAGAAAAGAUCGAUGGCAACAGUGAAGAUUUCUAAAGUGAAGUUUGUUGUGUGGUCCUCUGAUAUGUCACAUGUGGCUCUCAUCAGCAAGCAUGUGAUCACAAUCUGUAACAGGAAGUUGGAGAGUCUGUGUACUAUACACGAGAACAUUAAACUGAAGAGUGGCGCCUGGGACGAAUCGGGGGUGCUCGUGUACACCACCAGCAACCACAUCAAAUAUGCCCUGACUAAUGGAGACCAUGGUAUUAUCCGUACGCUGGACCUUCCGAUCUACAUCACCCGGAUUAAGGGGAACAGCGUAUUCUGUCUGGACAGGGAGGUCAGACCUAGAGUGUUGUCCAUCGACCCCACAGAAUUCAAAUUCAAACUGGCACUGGUCAACAGGAAGUAUGAAGAGGUGCUACACAUGGUGAGGAAUGCGAAGCUGGUGGGACAGUCCAUCAUCUCCUACCUACAGAAAAAGGGCUACCCUGAAGUGGCACUCCACUUUGUCAAGGAUGAAAAGACUCGCUUUGGACUUGCUUUAGAAUGUGGAAACAUUGAGAUUGCGCUAGAGGCAGCUCGUGCCCUUGAUGACCAGGCAUGCUGGGAGAAGUUGGGCGAGGCGGCGCUUCUACAGGGGAACCAUCAGGUGGUAGAGAUGGCGUACCAGAGAACCAAAAACUUUGACAAGCUCUCGUUUCUCUACCUCAUCACAGGAAACCUGGAGAAACUCAGAAAAAUGAUGAAAAUUGCUGAGAUCCGGAAAGACACCAGUGGUCACUUCCAGAAUGCCAUGUAUCUGGGAGAUGUGGGAGAGAAAGUCAAAAUCCUAAAGGGAGUUGGACAAAAAUCCCUGGCCUAUCUGACAGCCGCCACUCAUGGCCUCGAGGAGGAGGCAGAACAGCUGAAGGAGGGCUUUGGUGAAAAUGAAAAGAUUCCUGACCUCUUCCCUCAGGCCCAGCUCCUACAACCACCUGCUCCCAUCAUGCAACAGGAGAGCAACUGGCCACUGUUGACCAUGACCAAGGGAUUCUUUGAGGGAGCCAUGUCAACUGGAAAUGCUGGAGGGAAGAGGACUGGUCUGGCAGCAGCAGCGGUGGACAUUGAGGAUGGUGCUGGGGAGGGCUGGGGGGAUGAUGCUGAUCUCAUACUGGAUGAUGAGGGAGGUUUUGGAGGGGAAGGCUUGGACGAUGAGGCUCUGGUUGGAGCAUCAGAGGAGGGAGGUGGCUGGGAUGUUGGAGAUGAUGACCUUGAACUUCCUCCUGACCUUGACAUGGGACCAGCAGCCAUAGGGGGUGGUGAGGAGGGAUUCUUUGUACCUCCCACCAAAGGGACAAGUCAAACUCAGGUUUGGUGCAAUAACUCUCAGUUACCUGUGGAUCACGUCCUUGCUGGGUCCUUUGAGACAGCCAUGCGUCUGUUACACGAUCAGGUGGGAGUAGUGCAGUUUGACACAUACAAACAGCUGUUCCUUCAGACGUACACCAGAUCUCGGACAUGUUAUCAGGGACUUCCCUCAGUUCCUCCGCUGUUUGGGUAUCCACACAGAAACUGGAAAGAAGCAGGGGCCCGGGCAGGCAUGCCAGCAGUGGGGCUGAAACUGAAUACCUUGGUACAGCAGCUACAGGUAGCCUACCAAAUGACCACCACUGGGAAGUUCGUCGAGGCCAUAGACAAAUUCCGCAGCAUUCUACUCAGUGUACCAUUACUAGUGGUGGACAACAAACAAGAAAUCUCAGAGGCUCAGCAGUUAGUGGAGAUUUGUAGAGAAUAUAUUGUGGGUUUAUCAAUGGAACAAAAUAGAAAAGAACUACCAAAAGCCACAUUAGAUGACCAGAAAAGAAUUUGUGAGAUGGCGGCUUACUUCACCCACUGCAACCUCCAGCCGAUACACAUGAUCUUAACACUAAGGACUGCAUUAAAUCUCUUCUUUAAACUCAAGAACUUCAAAACAGCUGCUUCAUUUGCCAGACGGCUGUUAGAACUAGGUCCCAAGCCAGACGUGGCAACACAGACCAGAAAGAUUUUGUCGGCUUGUGAGAAAACUCCUACAGAUGCUCAUGAGGUGAAAUACGACCAACACAAUCCAUUUGACAUCUGUGCUGCCACAUAUGUUCCCAUAUACAGAGGAAAACCUGUAGUAAAGUGCCAACUCAGCGGAGCUUGUUAUUUACCCGAGUUCAAAGGUGAAGUCUGCAGAGUAACACAGGUGACAGAGAUAGGAAAAGACUGCAUUGGUUUACGAAUUAGCCCCAUACAAUUCAGGUGAAAUAGAUGACAAUGUGAAAGUGUGAUGGAAAUAUAUGUGAUUCUGUUGACAAGACAGAUAAUGCUUCAGUUCAGAAUUGUACAAAGACUAUUUUAUGUUAAUAUGGUGUAAUUGCAAUUGUUGUGAUAUUCAUGUACUUUGAGUUGUUUUAUUAAAUUAUGUCAUAUCAUA